AGAUCCCGCCCCGGCCCUGCCCUCUGCCGGUUCUAAAAGACAAGGUCUCUCCGCCUCGCGCCCCGCCCCUACCUCGCCCAGGCCCCGCCUACCUCCCACUUCCCGCCCAGGCCUGGCUUUUGUCCUGCGCGCGCAGAUUAACGCAAACCCGGAAGCGGAUCGGGUGGAGUGUAGGUCAUAUCGCCGCGGAUUGAUUCUAAAGACUCAUGUUACAUGAGGAAGCAGCUCAGAAGAGGAAAGGAAAGGAGCCAGGCAUGGCUCUUCCUCAGGGACGCUUGACUUUCAGGGAUGUGGCUAUAGAAUUCUCAUUGGCAGAGUGGAAAUUCCUGAACCCUGCACAGAGGGCUUUGUACAGGGAAGUGAUGUUGGAGAACUACAGGAACCUGGAGUCUGUGGAUAUCUCUUCCAAACGCAUGAUGAAGGAAGUCUUGUCAACAGGGCAAGGCAAUAGAGAAGUGAUCCACACAGGGACAUUGCAAAGACAUGAAAGUCAUCACAUUGGAGAUUUUUGCUUCCAGGAAAUUAAGAAAGAAAUUCAUGACAUUGAGUUUCAGUGUCAAGAAGAUGAAAGAAAUGGCCUUGAAGCACCCAUGACAAAAAUAAAAAAGUUGACUGGUAGCACAGACCAACAUGAUCACAGGCAUGCUGGAAACAAGCCUAUUAAAGAUCAGCUUGGAUCAAGCUUUUACUCACAUCUGCCUGAACUCCACAUAUUUCAGAUCAAAGGUGAAAUUGGUAAUCAACUUGAGAAGUCUACCAUUGAUGCUCCCUCAGUUUCAACAUCCCAAAGAAUUUCUUGUAGGCCCCAAACCCAGAUUUCUAAUAACUAUGGGAAUAAUCCCCUGAAUUCUUCAUUACUCCCACAAAAACAGGAAGUACACGUGAGAGAAAAAUCUUUCCAAUGUAAUGAGCGUGGCAAAGCCUUUAAUUUUAGCUCACUCUUAAGGAAACACCAGAUAAUCCAUUUAGGAGACAAACAAUAUAAAUGUGAUGUAUGUGGCAAGCUCUUUAAUCACAAGCAAUACCUUGCAUGCCAUGAUAGAUGUCACACUGGUGAGAAACCUUACAAGUGUAAAGAGUGUGGCAAGACCUUCAGUCAGGAGUCAUCCCUUACAUGCCAUCAUAGACUUCACACUGGAGUAAAACGUUACAGUUGUAAUGAGUGUGGCAAGAUCUUUGGUCAAAAUUCAGCCCUUCUAAUUGAUAAGGCAAUUGAUACUGGAGAAAAUCCUUACAAGUGUAAUGAAUGUGACAAGGCUUUUAAUCAACAAUCACAACUUUCACAUCAUAGAAUUCAUACUGGAGAGAAACCUUACAAAUGUGAAGAAUGUGACAAAGUUUUCAGUCGGAAAUCAACCCUUGAGACACAUAAGAGAAUUCAUACUGGAGAGAAACCAUACAGAUGUAAGGUUUGUGACACAGCUUUCACGUGGCAUUCACAGCUGGCUCGACAUAGAAGAAUUCAUACUGGAAAGAAAACUUACAAGUGUAAUGAGUGUGGCAAGACCUUCAGUCACAAGUCAUCCCUUGUAUGCCAUCAUAGACUUCAUGGUGGAGAGAAAUCUUACAAAUGUAAGGUUUGUGACAAGGCUUUCGUGUGGAGUUCACAACUGGCAAAACAUACUAGAAUUGACUGUGGAGAAAAACCUUACAAGUGUAAUGAAUGUGGGAAGACCUUUUGUCAAAAUUCAGAUCUUUUAAUUCAUAAGUCAAUUCAUACUGGAGAGCAACCUUACAAAUGUGAUGAAUGUGAAAAGGUUUUCAGUCGUAAAUCAAGCCUUGAGACACAUAAGAUAAGUCAUACUGGAGAGAAACCAUAUAAAUGUAAGGUUUGUGACAAGGCUUUUGCGUGUCAUUCCUAUCUGGCAAAACAUACUAGAAUUCAUAGUGGAGAGAAACCUUACAAGUGUAAUGAGUGCAGCAAGACCUUCAGUCACAGGUCAUACCUUGUAUGCCAUCAUAGAGUUCAUAGUGGUGAGAAACCUUACAAGUGUAAUGAGUGCAGCAAGACCUUCAGUCGCAGGUCAUCCCUUCAUUGCCAUCGUAGACUUCAUAGUGGCGAGAAACCUUACAAGUGUAAUGAGUGUGGCAAUACCUUCCGUCACUGCUCAUCCCUUAUAUACCAUCGUAGACUUCAUACUGGAGAGAAAUCUUACAAAUGUACAGUUUGUGACAAGGCUUUCGUGCGUAAUUCACUCCUGUCAAGACAUACCAGAAUUCACACUGCAGAGAAACCUUACAAGUGUAAUGAAUGUGGGAAGGCUUUUAAUCAACAAUCACACCUUUCACGUCAUCAUAGAAUUCAUACUGGAGAGAAACCUUAGAAAUGUGAAGCAUGUGACAAAGUUUCCAGUUGGAAAUCACACCAUAAAGACAUAGGAGAAUUUAUACUGGAGAGAAAGCUUACAAAUGUAAGGUUUCUGACAAGACUUGGGAGUGAUUCACACCUGGAACAACAUACUGGAAUUCACACUGGAGAGAAACCUUACAAGUGUAAUGAGUGUGGCAAAGCCUUUAGCAAGCAGUCAACACUUAUUCACCAUCAGGCAGUUCAUGGUGUAGGGAAACUUGACUAAUGUAAUGAUUGUCACAAGUCUUCAGUAACGCUACAACCAUUGCAAAUCAUUGGAGAAUCCAUAAUGAAGAGAGAUCUUACAAGUGUAAUAAAUGUGGCAAAUUUUUCAGAGAUCGUUCACAUAUUGCAGGUCAUCGGUGAACUCAUACUGGAGAGAAACCUUACAAAUGUCAUGAUUGAGGCAAGGUCUUCAGUCAAGCUUCAUCCUAUGCAAAACAUAGGAGAAUUUAUACAGGAGAGAAACCUCACAAGUGUGACGAUUGUGGCAAAGCCUUUGCUUCACGUUCACACAUUAGACAUCAGAGAAUCUAUACUGGACAGAAAUCUUACAAAUGUCAUCAGUGUGGCAAGGUCUUCAGUCCAAGAUCACUCCAUCCAGAACAUCAGAAAAUUCAUUUUUGAGAUAACUGUUCCCAAUGAAAUGAGUAUAGCAAACCAUCAAGCAUUAAUUGACAUUGGAGUCAAUUCAGCAUUGACUUGAGUUUGUGUUGACUUAACAUUGAGUUCAAGCCUUUAUUGACAUUGAAGUGUUUAUGUUAAGAGGAUGGGGCCAGGUGCAGUGGCUCACACCUGUAAUCCCAGCACAUUGGGAGGCCAAGGCACAUAGGUCACUUGAGGUCAGGAGUUUGAAACCAGCAUGGCCAACAGAUGUGAGCCACUUUUCUCAGCCUGUUUUUUGUUUCUUAUUUUCUAUUAUUUUUUUUGAGCCAGUACUUUUUAAAGAGAUAGUACUUUUUUCAGUUAGUACUUUUUAAAAGGGAUAUAUCAUAGUAAUUUUUAAAAGGGAUAUGAGGCCAGGCACGGAGGCUCAUGCCUGUAAUCCCAGCACUUUGGGAGGCCGAGGCAGGCAGAUCACGGGGUCAGGAGAUGGAGACUUUCCUGGCUAACAGGGUGAAUCCCCGUCUGUACUAAAAAUACAAAAAAUUAGCUGGGCAUGGUGGCUGGUGCCUGUAGUCCCAGCUACUCCAGAUGCUGAGGCAGGAGAAUGGCAUGAACCUGGGAGGCGGAGCUUGCAGGGAGUCGAGAUUGCAUCACUGCGCUCCAGCCUGGGUGACAGAGUGAGAGUUUGUCUCAAAAAAAAAAAAAAAAAAAAAGGAUAUCAAAGCCUCAGUACGUGGUGGCUCAUCCCUGCAAUCAGAGUACUUUGGUAGACCCAUGUGAACUGGUCACCUAAGGUCACAAUUUCAAAAGCACCCUAACAUGGUGAAACCCCAUCUCUACUAAAAAUACAAAAGUUAGCCGGGGGUGUUGUUGUGCACCUUUAGUUCCAGCUACUUGGGAGGCUGAGGCAUGAGGAUUGCUUAAACCUGGGAGGUAGAAGUUGCAGUGAACCAAAAUUGUGCCACUAUGCUGCAGCCUGGAUGGCAGAGUGAGUCUCCAUCUCAAACAAACAAACAAAAAAUAACAAAAAAAGGCCUCAAAAAUGUUUUUCUUCUCGUAUAAUAGACUUCCUUUUUUUUUCUUUCUGGUUCCUCUUCAUUUCUCUCUUUAUUUUUUAUUUACUUAUUUAUUUAUUUUGCAGUUUGAGUUUGAGAUAAAUCUUAGUUAUAAAAGUUUUAUUUCUUAAUACAUAAUGACUUCUGAAAGAUGCCUUUGCAGCAUCCUAUAAUCAGCUCACAUCAUUCAUUUCUGUACUUGUAUAUUUUCCAGUUAUUUUCCGGUUGACCCCAGAAUUCAUUAGAUUUUUUUAAAAAACGAUUUCAAAAUAGUUGCUGUUUUAAAUUAGUUGCAUCCGGUUCAUAUCAAUGUCUGCAUGCUUUCUAGUCUUUGUUAUUUAUUGAAAACCUUUGGUACCUAAACUUAAGUUUAAUUGUUUCAGUGUGUACUUAGUAAAGAUGUCAGUGGCCUUUUAACUAAACAUCAAAAUGUACUUUAACCAAUUAGUCUGUUUUUCAGUUUCCUUUCCAUGUGUCCUUUGUUAAAAUCUUGAUCUGGGAGCUAUUUAUUGCGUGUUUCCCUCAAGGCCCUCUGGCCCAUUCUGGAAAAAUGUGGAAACAUGGGCUGGAUUGGCAUAGAACGCUCCUCCAAAAGCACCCGUGUAUUCUUUUCUUUUCUUUUCUUUUCUUUUCUUUUUUUUUUUUUUUUUUUGAAAUGGAGUCUUGCUCUGUCGCCUUGGAUGGAGGGCAGUGGUGCAAUCUCAGCUCACUGCAACCUCUGCCUCCCGGGAUCAAGUGAUUCUCCUGCCUCAGUCUCCUGAGUAGCUGGAAUUACAGGCACCCACCAGCAUGCCUGGCUAAUUUUUGUACUUCUAGUAGAGACGGGGUUUCAUCACGUUUGUCAGGCUGGUCUCAAAUCCUGACCUUGUGAUCCACCCGACUUGGCCUCCCAAUGUGAUGAGAUUACAGGUGUGAGCCACCGCUGCCAGCCUCGGUUUUUUGUUUUUGUUUUUGUUUUUGUUUUUGUUUUUGUUUUGAGAUGGAGUUUUGCUCUUGUUGCUCAGGCUGGAGUGCAAUGGUGCGAUCUGGUGUCACUACAAUGUCUGCCUCCUGGGUUCAAGUGAUUCUCCUGCCUCAGCCUACCGAGUAGUUGGGAUUAUGGGUGCCCUCCACCACUCCUGGAUAGGUUUUUGCAUUGUCAGUAGAGACAGGCUUUCACCAUGUUGGUCAGGCUGGUCUCGAACUCCUGACUUCUGGUGAUCUGCCCACCUCGACCUCCCAAAGUGCUGGGAUUACAGGCGUGAGCCACCGUGCCUGACCACUCAUGUAUUCUUGAUUGAAACAAUUUGCUUAUGUCUUAGUUCUACACCUGACCUUCUUUCCCUGUUUCCAAGGUCAAUAGCUGUGUGUUCACAACUCUGCAUUUUAUAAAUGUUACUGUGAUUUUCUUGUAAGGAAGAACAAACUGUCAGGAGUCAAUGGCCUCAGAACCUUGCAAAAGAAGUUUGUUUCUUUUUUUCUUUUCUUUUUUUUUUUUUUUUUUUUUUGGAGACGGAGUUUCGCUCUUGUCCCCCAGGCUUGAGUGCAGUGGCAUGAUCUCGGCUCACUGCAACCUCUGUCUCCCGGGUUCAAGUGAUUCUCAUGCCUUAGCCUCCCAAGUACCUGGGAUUAGAGGCAUGCGCUACCACUCCCAGCUAAUUUUGUAUUUUUAGUAGAGACGGGGUUUCUCCAUGUUGGUCAGGCUGGCUUCAAACUCCUGACCUCAGGUGAUCCACCCGCCUCAGCCUCCCAAAGUGCUAGGAUUACAGGCUUGAGCCACGUGCCCGGCAAAAGAAGUUUCUUUAGCUCAGUUUUGUGAAAGAGCCUUCUCUAAUUUUCCAGGAUGGGGGUGAUAAGAUCAACCCUUCCCAUUAGCCCCUUCAGGACCCCAUGUAAGACUUUAGACACCUUCUCACUCAUCUCAGACCUUCUCAGGGCAACUUGGUGAAAAUAUCUUCCAAUCUGAGCCCCAGUGAGCCUCCUUGGAACUUGGCGAUGAGGGGCUACACCAGAAAAGCUCAACCCUAGUGACUUUGACCCCUGAAAUGAUUGACAAAAUGGAGUGCGUGUCUGGGUGUGGCUUUUUUUAAAUUUUUUUGAGGAGAGGAGUGCCCAGUUGUGAUUAGAAUUUUCAAUGGGAUGCAGUGCCCUAAAAAUGAAAAAAAGCAGAAGAAUAGAAGAAACAGAGGUAGACUCAGACACAGAGACCAUCUUUGGGGCCUUUCUCUGUAUGAGGACAUCACAGCCAAAUCUAAAGCAGGUCAUGUCAGUCCCUGACAGAACCCUCCACUGGCUUCCCGUGUUCCCCAGGACAAAAGCCCCACUCCUCACUGUGGCUCCACAGCCCUGUGUCCAGGGCCCCUGCCAGUGUCCAGCCUCCUCCUGGCAGCUUGCCCUCAUCUCAUGACUCUCUCCGCCCUAGUCAUAUUUGCUUUUCUCUUUUCCCAAACAUCAAAACCCUUCCUGUCUCAGGUCGUCAUCCCUGGUUUUACCCUAUGUACCCUGUCACUUUCUCCUCCUUCAGGUCUAGGAUCAGAGCUGUCGCCCAUGCCCUCCCACCCCUGUCUGUAGUUCCCUUGUCCAUCAGUCUGUAUCACGUUACUCAGGAUUCAUUGUCUCUGCAUCAAUCACAUCAGAAAUGCUUUUUUUUUUUUUUUUUGAGACAGUCACUCUAUCUUUCAGCCUAUGAGUGCAGCCUCUUGAUCUUGGCUCACUGCAACCUCUGUCUGCUGGGUUCAAGCAAUUCUUGUGCCUCAGCCUCCCAAGUAGCUGAGAUUACAGGUGUCUGCCACCACACCUGGCUAAUUUUUGUAUUUUAACUUCCAUUUUAUAUUAUUUUUGAGUCUGUCUGUCACCAAGACUGGAGUGUAGUGGCGCCAUUUUGGCUCACUGCGACCUCCAUCUCCCGGGUUCAAGCAAUUCUCCUACCUCAGUCUCCCGAAUAGCGGAGAUUACAGAUGCUUACCAAGCCCGGCUACUUUUUGUGUAUUUAGUAGAGACAGUGUUUCACCAUGUUGGCCAGGCUGGUCUCGAUCUGACCUCAAGUAAUCAGCACACCUCGGCCUUCCAGAGUGCUAGUAUUACAGGAUGACCCACCACGCCCGGCCCAUUUUUGUAUUUUUAGUAGAUACAGGGUUUCACCUUGUUGGCCAGGCUGGUCUCAAACUCCUCAGGUCAAGUGAUCCUCCCACCUCAGCCUCCUAAGUAUCUGUGACCACAGACGCACAGACAUGCACCAUCAUACCUGGCUAAGUUUUGUAUUUUUGGUAGAGAUGGGGUUUCACCAUGUUGCCCAGGCUGUUCUCAAACUCCUGAGUUCAAGCGAUCUACCUGCCAUAGCUUCCUAGAGUGCUGGGAUGACAGGCAUGAGCCACCGCACCCAGCCUCUGCGUGGGGUUUGGUCAGGGCUGGGUCUGUGCCCUGAAGGGGAACUCAUUCCAGCCCAGCUCCCCACUGCUGCAGCUUGUGUGUGGACUCCUCCAGAAGGGGAGUGGGAGGUUCCCUGUAGGAGUUUAUCGUCCAUGGUGAGGAGGGCAGCAGGGGGUACUGUAUUUUCUCAGGGUGAGGUCUUUAGUUAGGCCUCUGAGCCCAAGCUAAGCCAUCAUAUCCCCUGUGACCUGCACGUAUACAUCCAGAUAGCCUGAAGCAACUGUGAAAAUAUCUUUAACUGAUGACAUUCCAAUAUUGUGAUUUGUUUCUGCCCUACCCUGACUGAUCAAUGUGAUUUGCAAUCUCCCCCACCCUUAAGAAGGCUGUGUAAUUCUCCCCACCCUUGAGAAUGUACUUUGUGAGAUCCACCCCCUGCCCACAAAACAUUGCUCCUAACUCCACCGCCUAUCCCAAAACCUGUAAGAACUAAUGAUAAUCCCACCACACUUUGCUGACUCUCUUUUCACACUCAGCCCGGCUGCUCCCAGGUGAAAUAAACAGCCUCGUUGCUCACACAAA